GUUAAAGAGCUGUAGCUCGUGCGGAAACGUCUUCAUACCGCUGGAUCCUGACUGUGUGGCUCCGUUGAAGCUCGGCGGUUCCUUCAUUGUCUCAUACUCUGAUUCGGGUAAUGGCUAGCAUCUGUCUUGCAAAAAGUCGACAUUUUGUUCGUCAGACAUUCCAUAGUCUUCCAAGCAUGUUAAGCCGUCAAUACAGCCUGAAUAUUACCGGCGAGCUGCUACGGACUCAGGGCUUCAUCAAUGGCGGCUGGGUUUCGGCCUCCUCCAAGUUCCCUGUGCUGGAUCCAGCUACAGGACAAGAGCUGGCACAGGUCUCAGAUUGCGGACCUCAGCAGGCUCAGGAAGCGGUUAGGGCCGCGUACACAGCUUUUUACUCAUGGAAAACUCACACCGCUAAGGAAAGGAGCCUUCUGCUACGGAAAUGGUUUGAUUUGGUCAAUCAGCACAAGGAGGAUCUGGCCAAGCUUAUUACAGCAGAGUGUGGCAAGCCCAUGAAGGAGUCCCUAGCUGAGAUUGCAUACUCUGCGUCUUUUCUUGAGUGGUUCUCUGAGGAAGCUCGCCGUGUCUACGGGGACAUUGUGGCACCAGCAGCCAAGGACCGCAAGAUACUGUUGCUCAAAGAGCCAGUGGGCGUAGCCUCUAUAAUCACACCAUGGAACUUCCCCAGUGCCAUGAUCACAAGAAAGGUGGGAGCGGCCUUGGCGGUUGGCUGUACUGUAGUGGUGAAGCCAGCUGAAGACACGCCCCUUUCUGCUCUAGCUCUUGCUGAGCUAGCAGCGCAGGCCGGAAUCCCUCCUGGAGUGUUUAACGUGGUUCCUUGCUCCAGGGAGAAGGCCCCUGCUGUGGGAGAAAUCCUCUGCACUGACCCUCUAGUGGCUAAAAUUUCUUUCACUGGCUCCACUGCCACCGGCAAGAUACUGCUGAAGCAUGCAGCAGAAACUGUCAAGAGGGUGUCUAUGGAGUUGGGUGGACACGCUCCCUUCAUUGUCUUUGACAGUGCAGAUGUGGACAAAGCUGUAGCUGGGGCAAUGGCUUCCAAGUUUAGAAACUCGGGCCAAACCUGUGUAUGCUCCAACCGCUUCCUGGUGCAGAGUGGGAUUCAUGAUGUGUUUAUGGAAAAGCUGGGGAAGGCCAUGGACGCAGAGCUGCACAUAGGCCAUGGGUUUGACUCCACAACCACACAGGGGCCUCUCAUCAAUGUUCGUGCUGCUGAGAAGGUGCUGCAUCAGAUCACAGAUGCUGUUUCACAUGGGGCUGUAGUACUGAAAGGUGGGAAGAGACUUGAGGGAUCUUUCAUGCAGCCUACACUGCUGUCCAAUGUCACAGCUGACAUGCUCUGUAUGCGAGAGGAGACUUUUGGUCCUCUGAUACCAGUUCUCAAAUUCAACACAGAAGAGGAAGCUCUUGCCAUUUCUAAUGCAUCACAGGUUGGAUUAGCAGGCUACUUUUACUCUCAAGACCUGAGUCAGAUCUGGCGAGUGGCUGAGCAAUUGGAGGUGGGAAUGGUUGGGAUAAACGAGGCUCUUCUCUCCACAGCAGAAGCCUGUUUUGGUGGUGUUAAACAAUCAGGCCUGGGUAGAGAGGGCUCAAAAUAUGGUAUUGAUGAAUACCUGCAAGUGAAGUACAUGUGUUUUGGUGGGCUUAUCUGAGCAUGGUUCUGCUGUUGAUUUUUAUUUUGUACUUGGAUUGUACAUGCUCUGAUCCUAAAUGCACAAAAUUUACGUUGCUCUUUUUUUUUUUUAAAUCUAUCUAUGUUUGUUACAGCGAAAAAGCACUGGAGUUUUGAAAAAAAAAAAGGAAAAGAUUCCUGUUAAACAUGUAUUAAAAUCCUUGAUACAUCUAGAAGUAAAUUGUUUUUGCAGGUGUAUGGCUAAUAGCCUUGUGAAUAAUUGUCAUAUUAAGGAUAUUAUUUUUGUAAAAAUGUUUGCUAUCUCUGAAUAAAAAAUGGCUAACAAGCGAUGGAGUAAUAUUAAAAAAAAUAUUUAGUCUGAAAAUUAUUGUUGUCAAAAGUCUUAAAGUGCCAUGGAUCUGUGACCUGUUUGCCUCUUAUUUGUUUUUAAUAUCUGAAUAAUUUCUUUGUACCUGUUUCAGUGUCAUCUCUACAUGUUGCCCAUACAUUUAAGAAGUUUUGUGAUUCUCAUUAAUCAAAAUGAUUUGUCACAAAAGUAAUCAUUUAAAAAUCUUUUUGGACUGAAAACAACAUAUGUAAAUAAACCAGAUUUUAACACUCUUAA